CCACCUUUCUUCCCAACAGGAAGGAGAGAGGUGCUUCCCAUUUCCCUGCAUCCCGGGCUCCCCGUCGCCUCCUCUCCCGUUAAUUAAAUAUAAAUAGACGGAGAACAAUCGCAACUCUCGUUUUCCUCCUUCGUCCAAUUUUUUUCCACUACGUCUUCUAAAAAACCCUAAACCCUCCAUCUCCACUCCCCUCCUGCUCCCCCUCCCUUCUUCGUCUCCUCGAUCUCUUCCAAUAUAGAUAAAAAUCCCGCCGGAAUUCGUGGAGCUCGAAUCCGUUGCCUCGUUCGCGUAAUUCGUCUCGAGCGAUUUGAUUGUCGGGUUGGAGCCCAAAUCUGGAGGGAAAUACGAGAAGGAAGCGGAGCUUUAGCCUAGGGGGUGCUUGGAGAGUUAUGAACAUAGUCUUCCCUUACAGAAAGGGGGAGGGUAUCAAGAAUGGCUUCAAGAGCGAUUCUCAGCUCAAGAAGAUACCUUUCUCGGCAUCUGAAUGUUCCUGGCCGUUCAUGUUGGAUUUGCUCAAGUCUUUAUAAUUCUGAUGCAAGGGCUCUGCAUCAGUUUCCUGAGCACAGAUCUGUAGAUACUGAGAGCAGAAGCGAGCGGGAGGGGGUAUUUAUAUCCAAAGAGAAUCUCAGGGGUUUAUCAGAUAUUGGGUUUUUUAAGCUCCCUUCCCAUGGGAUUUCUGUUAUCAGUGGCAAUUACUGGAGAACAGAGAUUGUUCUCCCUUUGGGAGUGAGAGGGUUGACCCCUUCAGUUCGUGCUGCAAGUACUGCUACAGCCAGGCAACCUGAAAUGGAUGAUGGGAACGAGGAUAAUGAAGACCCGGAACACAAACACAGGAAGGAGGCAUCAGCGGAGGAAUGUGAUCAGGCAGUUGAAGGUCUUAGCACGGCAAAAGCUAAAGCAAAAGCUAAGCAGUUGCAGGAGUCCCAGAGGACUGCCCAGACUAUCAUAAAGAAGAUUUGGGCAAAACUUUUGGGGGUUGGUCCUGCUUUGAGAGCUGUUGCUUCUAUGAGCAGUGCGGAUUGGGCCAUAAAGUUCCGCCAUUGGAAGGAUGAAUUUGUGUCUGCUCUGCAGCAUUACUGGCUAGGUUUAAAACUACUUUGGGCAGAUAUAAGGAUUUCCUCAAGAUUACUUGUGAAGCUUGCUGGUGGAAAGAACAUCUCCAGAAGAGAACGGCAGCAGCUGACUCGCACCACAGCCGAUAUCUUCAGACUGGUCCCUUUUGCGGUUUUUAUUUUAGUUCCAUUUAUGGAGUUCUUGUUGCCAGUUUUCCUGAAAUUAUUUCCCAACAUGCUGCCAUCUACUUUUCAAGAUAAGAUGAAAGAACAGGAAGCUUUAAAAAGGCGACUCAAAGCAAGAAUAGAGUAUGCCAAGUUUUUGCAGGAUACAGUGAAAGAAAUGGCAAAGGAAAUCAAAAACUCACAUAGUGGAGAAAUUAAACAGACUGCAGAAGAUCUCGAUGAGUUCUUGAACAAGGUUAGGACUGGUGCACGAGUUUCGAAUGACGAAAUUUUAAGUUUCGCAAAGUUGUUUAAUGAUGAGCUGACUCUGGAUAAUAUCAGCAGGCCAAGAUUGGUCAAUAUGUGUAAAUACAUGGGAAUCCCGCCUUAUGGAACAGAUAAUUAUUUGCGGUUUAUGCUUCGAAGAAAAUUACGCUGGUAGGUUUUAUGAGUUUUAUAGUUCAUGGAAAUACAUCAUCUUAAACUUUUUAUUCAGUUCAGCAGCUAAUCGGUGGGAGGUUCUAGAUAUUAGUUUCAAAUAAUGGCCUGGUGAUAUCCUUUUCUUUUAUCUUUUUAUUAUGUUAUAUGGAUUUCCAUAAAAAUUGGAUGCUAUCUUAGUCAAACUUCCACCUUGUGAUUAGCAAAAAAAAAAAAA